AUGUCGUACGACAGGUACCUGUCUAUCUGUUUCCCUCUGCAGUACAGCAGCAGGAUGAGCCCUGAGAGGACGGCGCUGCUCACUGCUGGAACCUGGCUGUAUCCUUGUUGUGCCAUGUUUGUCUCCUUGGCUCUGAUUUCACCUCUCAAGCUGUGUGGGAACCAGAUUAACAAAGUUUACUGCGACAUGUACUCUGUGGUCAAACUGGCCUGUUCCGACACCACCUUCAUCAACAUUUAUGGGCUCAUGGCUACUUUCAGCACCAUCGUGGUCGCUCUGCUUUUAAUCGUGUUCACCUACAUUAAGAUCCUGAUGGUGUGUUUUUCUGGCUCCAAACAGACGAGACAGAAAGCUGUCAACACCUGUACACCUCACCUGGCCUCCAUCUUGAACUUCUCCUUCGGCGGCAGCUUUGAGACGUCUCAGAGCAGAUUCAACAUGAGCUACCUGCCCAGCCUGCUGCGGGUUUUCCUCUCCUUGUAUUUCCUGACAGUUCAGCCUCUUUUUAAUCCGGUCAUGUACGGCCUGAAGCUGACCAAGAUCCGCAACGUUUGUAAAAACCUGAUC